AUGACCGUGGAUUCGGUUAACUGGGGCGCGCAGCUAGCCGCCGUGACGGACAGGGACGUCAACGACAGGAUUGGUUUGAAGCAAGUCGAACUGCAUCUCCGUAGAGCCAGAGCCAACCGAGGGCAGCGGCGACAGUAUUAUCAGCGUGUCCGUCAAUUUGCAAAGUAUGCGACGUUUGAAGAGUUUCCAACCGAAGAAGAGUUUGCGCGCCUCACACGACUUGAGCGGACCGUCCUCGACGAGUUAUGGGCUCUGUUUCCUCCGCAGGAUGAACCGCUUGCGUACAGCCUUGCGGUGGACGCAAUGCCAUAUUUAGGUGCCUAUUGUGAGCUCUCACGCCUCUAUGAGCGCCGUGGAAUGCGGCUGUUUUCGGCUAUCCCGCUGCGCAAAUCUCGAAUCCAGUCAUCUUGGAUUACUACUGCCCUGCUGUCCCCGCUGUCCCCGCUGUCGCCGCUGUCCCCGCUGUCCCCGCCCCCGCCAUCCCCAUCAACGCCCUCCUCAACCCUGUCCCCGUCCCCGUCCCCUUUCAUUGUGGAUUACGAACAUGCAGAUCCCGCCCUGGAUGAGUUUUACCAGGAUGAGAUUCACGUGGCACUCGCAAUUGCUGGAUGCGUUUCGAAAACUGACUAUCCAAGGACACGGACGGUACAUGGUACAAACGGUGUACGGGCGCAACAUCUCGAAGAAACUGUUCAAACCCUCGAGAAUGGCAUAGCUAGCAACAAGAUCCAGAUCGGCGAAGUUAAGGAGCAGAGCCACAUCACGCACCACCUCCGCCUGCGUGAUGUGACUCUGCUUUCUAACUUCACCCAUCUGGGUCUUAGGUCCAAACUGCUUGAUCAGCAAUCCACGCUCAGCCGGCAAACGGUGGAUCUCGCCAAUACCAGGUCUUGUAUCGUAGCUCUGGAACAGGGUGAAGAAGUCUCAGGCCAGCAGCAUACGACGGAUCUUUCAGAACAGCAGGAAACCCAGCGCACUCUGGAAACAAAUCUCAUGGAGUUGCAGAUGAAGACGGAAGCUGUGUUCAACCUUUUUCGUCUUGAUCCGCAGACCGAACAGGAUGUGAACGCUCUCAACACAGUGCUGGACAUGGUCUAA